AACUGGCACUAUUGAAAUAAAGCUUUGACUGUUUUGAAUUUGACCUCUUUCAGCUCCCUGUGUCCUGUCAUCUACGGCCAUCUUCUGGUGAAAGCUGCCCUGGCUUUGGCGUUAUUUGGAGGCAGACAAAAACAUACAGAUAAGAGCAGUGUGCCAGUGAGAGGAGAUCCACACAUCCUGAUAGUGGGAGAUCCUGGACUGGGAAAGAGUCAAAUGUUACAGGCGGUGUGUAACGUGGCUCCCAGGGGAAUCUAUGUAUGCGGCAAUAGCACAAGCACCACAGGACUAACAGUGAGUCUGUCCAGAGAGGCAGGAACAGGAGAUUACGCUCUGGAGGCAGGUGCCUUGGUGCUGGCCGACCAAGGUCUUUGUUGCAUCGAUGAGUUCGAUAAGUUGGGCAGCCAGCAGCAGGCUCUGCUGGAAGCCAUGGAGCAGCAGUCAGUGAGUCUGGCUAAAGCCGGCAUCGUCUCUUCUCUGCCGGCGAGGACGUCUGUUGUUGCCGCUGCCAACCCCAUCGGAGGGCACUACAACAGAGGGAAGACCGUCUCAGAGAAUUUAAAAAUGGGCUCAGCCCUUCUGUCCCGCUUCGAUGUCGUGUUUCUUCUUCUGGACAUCCCGGAUGAGUCCCACGAUCGCCGGCUGUCAGAGCACGUCAUGGCAAACAGGGCGGGGAAAGGCAGAACCAGCAGCGCCACAGUCACCAGGACCAGUAAUGACCUAGAGACCUCCAUCCUGCUGCAGCACUCCACCCUGCCGCUGUCUGAGCGCCUGCAGGUUCCAGGAAAUGAAUCGAUGGAUGUGAUCCCAGCGUGUUUGUUAAGGAAGUACAUCAGCUACGCCCGUCAGUACGUCAAACCCACGCUGUCUCCCGAAGCAGCCAAAACUCUUCAGGACUUCUAUCUGUCUCUGAGGUCCCAGGCGCACUCCGCCGACGCCACACCCAUCACCACGCGGCAGCUGGAGUCCUUAAUAAGACUGACUGAGGCAAGAGCCAAAUUAGAGCUUAGAGAAGUGGCCACCAAAGAUGAUGCUGAGGACGUCGUUGAGAUCAUGAAGCACAGCCUGGCUGAUACGUACUCAGACGGCCUGGGGAACCUGGACUUUGAGCGCUCACAGCUGGGCUCCGGCAUGAGUCAGCGCAGCGCUGCAAAGCGACUGGUCAACGCGCUCCACUCACACGCUCAGCGGACCAAUCAGAAGCAGUUUGACCUGCAGAUGCUUCGCUCAAUUGCUGACAAAAUGAACAUAAAGGUUUUGGAUUUUCAAGGUCUGCUGAGUUCCCUCAAUGAACAAGGUUUCCUGCUGAAGAAAGGGCCCAAGUUGUACCAACUGCAGACCAUCUAACUGCUAGAAACAGACUUCACUCAGUUAUCUCCAGAUGCACAUAAAGAGUAAAUACUCUCUGGGAUAUAAGAGUCUUUUUUAACUAGAAGUUUGAAUGUUGAUGAUCUCAUUAAAAUGUAACACUGAAAGUAAUACACUGACUCAAAAACACUUUGUCAAAUAGUUUCUGUCUUAAGCUCAGUGUUUGUUAUAUUUCUCCUUCAGGUGACCUUAAAGAAUUACCUUUAAUCAAACGGUUAGUCCCUGUAUAUAGUGUUGAUUAAUUUUCUCUUUAUGUGUAUAAAUAUUGUGUCUGUUUGGCUUAAUUUUAUAUAUGAAAACAACAUAAUCCAAA